UAGUGGACAGUGGUUUGAAGAGUGUAAAGCAAAAAUGGCACCCGUGGGAUUACCUCCUGGUUUUAGGUUUCACCCCACAGAUGAGGAGCUGGUGAAUUACUAUCUCAAAAGGAAAAUCAAUGGCCAAGAAAUUGAGCUCGACAUCAUCCCCGAAGUCGAUCUCUACAAAUGCGAACCAUGGGAGUUAGCAGAAAAAUCGAUAUUGCCGAGCAGAGAUUCGGAGUGGUACUUCUUCGGACCCCGGGACCGAAAAUACCCAAAUGGAUUCCGGACGAACAGGGCGACAAGGGCGGGAUAUUGGAAAUCAACUGGCAAGGACAGGAGAGUUGCUUGCCAAAAUCGAGCCAUCGGAAUGAAGAAGACGCUGGUUUACUACAGAGGCCGUGCCCCUCAAGGAAUUAGGACGGAUUGGGUCAUGCAUGAAUACCGUCUAGACGACAAGGAGAGCGAGGACCACUGUUCAAUUCAGGUAGAUUCCUACGCUUUGUGUCGUGUUUUCAAGAAAAACGGGAUCUGCUCGGAGAUAGAAGAUCAAGUGCGGUGUAGUAGCUUGUUAAUGACAGAGUGCUCUCAAGCUGUUAUCAAUGAUUCCGAAACAAUGUCGCCAGACAUUCCCUUAGCCUCGUCAUCUUCGUUCGUCGAAGAGGAAGAUAAAGAUGAGUCUUGGAUGCAGUUUAUCACUGAUGAUCCAUGGUGUUCUUCUAACACUGCUGCUAUGGCUGGAGAUGAAGUUUCUAAUGUCACAUUAACAAAUUAAUUAGAAGGAUCCAAGGUUUGGUUUGAUAAAAAGGGAUGGAAUUGGUGAAUAACACAAGUAAAUUGUCUAAGUUUCUUAAAAUAAGAUAGCAAAAUUAAAGAGUAUAAUUGUAAAAUCUGAUUAUAAAUCUCAGUAGGAGAUUUACUUUUAUCUCUAAUUGGAUUGGAUGUAGUAUUUUGUGAGGGUUUGGUUGU